AUGGACUUUGACUUUUCGUUCCUGGACACAUUCUCUCCCGUCGGAAAUACUGAGUUCAGCCUUGCCGGCAUGUCACAGGACUUUCCUGAGAUCGCUACCUCUGAAGGAAUGUUUGAACUGGCCUCGAAUCAACUUGCUGGUAGGGCCAUUCAAUCUUUACUCUCGGGGACCCUAGCAGAGUUGAACACACAUGCCGAUAAAACUACAACUCGAAUCAUGUCCGCAGGUAUCCCGCUCUUUCCAGCCUACAAUGUAAACUGA